AUGAAAUAUCUAUACUUAUUCAUCUAUUGUAUUCAUCAAUGUUAUUCAGCUGGUAUUAUGGACCAUGUUAUGUAUGCUAUUAAUUGUGGUGGUGAGGCACAUAUAGAUGCACAUGGUAAGAAUAAAAAUUUAGAUUUUAUAAUAAAACAAAAAUGGAUAUUUCUUUUUUCUUUCAAAGGAAUAAGAUAUCGUAAAGAUUAUCUUAAAUCUGGUAUAACAUCUGAUUAUGGACGUAAUUCAUUUAUAAGUCGUGUACCAAAAGAAGAUAUGAUACUUUAUCAAACUGAACGUUAUGAUUUACAAAGUUUUUCUUAUGAAAUUGAUCUUGUUGAUGAUGGAGAUUAUGUACUUUGGAUGAAAUUUGCUGAAGUUUGGUUUAAUGCUCCAAAUAUGAAAGUAUUUCGAGUAAUUCUUAAUGAUGAACAUUCUGUUAUUGAUGAAUUAGAUAUAUUUGCUCAAGUUGGUCGUGCAACAGCUUGUGAUGAAUAUGUUCCAUUUCAAAUUAAAAAUGGUCGUUUAGUUGUUAAAUCACGUAGUUCAUCGUAUUCAGGACAAUUAAAAGUUACUUUUCAAAAGCUUGAUACUAGAGAUAAUCCAAAAAUUAAUGCACUUAUUAUAUGGAAAGGAUCUGUUGAUCAAAUCCCACAAUUACUGUCAAAAUCUGAAUCAGAACAGCCUGAAGUAGAAAAAGAAGUAGAAGAAGAAAAACCAGCUGUAGUCGGUAACGUAAAGCGUCAUUUAAAACCAAGUGGACCAAAAAUUGUUGAUCCAUAUACCGAAGAUCAAUCAAGUUCAUUAAUGCCGUUAUUUAUUGCAAUAGCUGCUGUUAUUCCUAUCAUUUUUUGUUUAUGUCGUUUUUAA